AUGUGGACCCAACAUUGGCCACUGGGAGAGCUGCAAAGCACUGAUAAAGAGACAGGAAAGUUGAUCAGUGAGAAUGGUGGGACACACCCUCUUAGCUCCACUGCAGUGCUGUAUAUUCCAAGAGCUACAGGGGGUCGUGGACUAAAGUCUGUAGAACGAGAGUACAAAUUAAUUAAGAUCAAAGCGACUAAGAAGCAGUAUGAGAAUCCAAACCCAAUGAUGAGAAGUGUACGGAUAUUUGAAGAGAAAGUAUGCGAGAAGAGAUUCUCCUCACUUGAGAAAGACGCGCAUAAGGUUGCGGAGGAACUGGGGACUAGUCUGAAUUUGGCCACUCCCGAUCCAUCGUGUACUUCGCAGCAGGCCCCCAAUAAGAGGAUCAAUAGAUAG